CUGGUCUCUUGCGUUUCACUAACAAAAUCGCUGGAGCGUCGUUGCGCCCGCACGGUAGACCUGAACCUAAAAUAGGACAGUUGUGUUGGGUCUGAACUGAAUAACCACGCGCACUGUGCUGAAAAACCAUGGCUCUCAAUAGCUUAUAGGGUAUACAGGAGAGCGUUACCGCGGACUUAUUCUACAAUGAUAAACAUGUGCGUCAACCAGGUAAGAACAUUUCAUAACUUAACCCAUUUGGGUGCCUGGAUUUACAUUUGACAACGAAACAACUGAGUUAUUUGUUACAAAUGUAUUUAGGCAUUAAUAAUGCUGCGUUAAUGUUUACCAAUAAUUAUAGCCUAUUAGCAACGUUUGCAACGAAAUUGUUUUGGUGACCAUACACAGAAGACUUUAGAUAAACAGAAGAUGCAAGUAGAUAAGGACAACUAAGUUUUGAUUUACAUAGUAUUAAAUGUAACUGAUGUUGAAUUAUUACUUUAACGUGAAAUCCACAUCUUCAGCAUAGUGAGGAAUAUGUACAGAGAUGAUUUUUCCCAGGCUAUCAGGACCAUGGACAGUGCAUCUUCGCGCGCCGCGCAAAACGCAAGCGAAUGCAAACAUGUGGAUUAAAACUAUGUAAUAGAUUUUUUAAAACAAUAAGUUAAAGAGGCAAUAUGCUAUUAAACCUUUUCAUUCAGCCAGCCUACAUAUUCGUAUCGCACUGGAGCCAUUAACCCCUAUUAAAAUCGGUCAAAAUAAAUGAAUCUUUAUCAAACGUCUACCAAGUUGUUACAAGUAGACAACUGAUCUAAAUAUAUUGUGUUGGUCGAAAACUAGAACAAGAAAACGAGGGCGACAUUUCAGUCGUAAAUAUUGCGUGCACAAAAGAGACACUUUAUAUAUCAUACAAUGCGUUAUUAAUAUAACCUCUUUUAAUCAAAAACGUACUACCGGCUAACUGUUAUCAUCACCCUUACACUGAUUUAAAUGUAUAGGCAGAUUAAACGCUGAUUUUCUCCAGAAGGAUUUCUAUCAAUACCCAUUCUUCUAUUCUCAUACAAGGAUAUAUUAGACAUUUGGAAACGCCACACGUGAGCUUAACAUUUCUGUCACAUUCAAACAAACCGAAGCGCGUGAAUUAAGUUUCAUUCGCACCUGAUCCACCUGUCAGUUCAGUGUCUCGUCUCAUAACUCAAUCCUGCGCUUUUAGGCUGCCACCUGGUGGCUCUUCAAAAUGACAGUCUAGCUAUUUGCCACGUGAGAGCAUCAUUGUUGACCAAAGGACAAAAUUCCAAUCAACCAAUCACAUUUGAUUUAAAUGUGACGUUUAGGCUUGCAUCCAGAAUUAUACAGGACUGAGACUGGUUUAAGGUCAGUCUGGGUGAUGGCUAACAUGCUGGAAAUCAGGACGGAUGGAAACUCUCUGCUAAAGGCUGUGUGGCUUCGGCGAUUGCGCCUUACGAGGCUUUUGCUGGAGGGUGGAGCUUACAUCAACGAAAGCAAUGACCGCGGAGAGACGCCACUCAUGGUGGCAUGCAUGUCCAAACACUCUGACCCGCAGAGUGUCAGCAAGGCUAAGUUGGUCAAGUAUCUACUGGACAACAAAGCUGACCCUAAUAUUCAAGACAAAGCUGGAAGGACGGCCCUCAUGCAUGCUUGCAGCCAGAGGGCUGGGCAUGAAGUGGUGUCUCUUCUACUUUCCAAUGGAGCUGAUCCAAGCCUGGAAGAUCGUCAUGGAUCCUCUGCUCUAGUCUACGCUGUCAAUGGUGAUGAUAAAGAAUCACUAAAAGUUCUCCUUGAUGCUUGCAAAGCUAAAGGCAAGGAGGUCAUUAUCAUUACCACGGACAAAUCCCCAUCUGGAACCAAAACCACUAAACAGUACCUGAAUGUUCCUCCCUCGCCCGAGCUGGACGAGAGAAACUCCCCAGCGCCGUGUGCCUCACCUUCGGAGAUAGAUCUCCAUGCGUCACCGUCUCCCAGCAAAGAGGAAGAGAAAGAUACUGUAUUUAAUUUUCAAACAAAGUUCAAGUCGACCUCAAACACAGCAGCAAAACUUUCCAAUGGACUUACCUCCCCCAGUAAGAAGCCAGUUAACCCCAAAAGGGCUCGACUACCCCAGCUGAAGCGAUUACAGUCGGAGCCCUGGGGUCUGAUCGCCCCGUCUGUGUUGGCAGCAGCGAAUGAAGAGAACAAGAGAGCAAACUCUGAUGAAAACGUUGUUGCGGGUGUCAACGGCUUGAGUCUGUCCAAAAGAGGCUUUUUGUACAGGCAUAAUAGCGUAGAUGGAAAAGAUAUCCUGUUUCCAAUGAUGGGAGAUCAGGCAACGAAAAUCUCUCCCACUUCAACAUCAUCCAAAGCUUCAUACGAGAGAUCUCUAGCACAGCACCAGCCUCUGGGACGACGUAGCACUCUCCCCUCGGAGCAGGAGGUCUCCGGAGCAAACUUUGGACCAGCUAGCCUUAGAGAUACAGUGCACCGGAGAAGACUGGGUAAUGAGCACUAUGACUCAGACUCCCAGCUAUACACAGAUUCCAGCUUGCUAGACUCUCCUAAGGCACCUAUGGAGAGAAGAAAGCUCAAUACAUCCCCUCUUGCAAUGCUUACAGGUUCGCGAGAGUCCUUGGACAGCAAUCCUAGUACCUCCUCCCCUGGCACAGGAAGAUGCAGAGCACCUGGUCUGUUGGAGCGGCGUGGCUCCGGAACGCUCUUGCUGGACUACAUAUCUCACACGCGUCCGGGUCACCUGCCUCCACUGAAUGUCAACCCUAACCCUCCUAUUCCUGAUAUAGGAGCCAGCAGCAAGCCCUCGUCCCCACUUGCAGCAGGAAUCCGAUCGAUAGCUCCAGUAGCACCAAACUCACCAAAGAGAGGCAACCUCAGGACGAAGAAAAAGCUUGUAAGAAGGCACUCUAUGCAAGUGGAACAGAUGAAGCAGCUUUCAAGUUUCGAAGAGCUCAACCACCAAUCAUGAAACUCAAUCUAUGAAGAUGUAGCAAAUUUAAGUUUUUAGAUUAUGUUGAUGCAUAGACAGGUGAAAACAAGUACCCAAUAAUAUUUAAAGGUAGUUAGCACUGAAUGUAGCCAUUUAGGGCAAAGGGAUAUUCUCUCAAUUAAUGUGGUACCUUGGAAAAACAGCAAUGCCUACACACUUUAAAAAUGAAUUUUUGCACUUACAUUUUUUUUUUUUUUAAGUUUAAUCAAUUUAAAAAUACUUUAUUGACUAGUGAUGAUGAGUUUUUAUAUCAUUUUAUUUAUUGUUUGGUUACAGCAAGAAAAGAAUAUUAAGUGAAAAUAAAUUGUAAAUUCAAGUUAAUUAAACUUAUAAAUUUAAGUGCAACAAGGAUUUUUUUUACUGUGUAACAUAGAUAGAAAUGCGAUUUACAACACAGUCGCAAAAACCCAACAAAAGGAUGUGCAAUUUUCCGUUCCACAACAAACGCAGGGUUUGUCAUGUUAAAGAGCAGGUGAGAGAGCGUGCUUUUAUUCUCUUGUGUACAAAGAUUGAAUUUGACAGCUCCUGUACAGCUAGUUCCAGGAGCAGAUCUUCUGUUGCAAACAAAUACAGAGAUAGAACUAACUGUAAUGUCUUCAAAGUCUAGACAUCUCUCUAUGAGAUUCAUUAAGGCGGACAGGAGAGUGAAUGUAAAACCAGACUGUCAAAGUGGAGCACAGAGGUCAGCAGAUCAUAGCCAUUAAAAGAGUAAAUUCCAUUGGCUCCUGAUUAAAAAACCUGGCGGUCUGCAGGCACAAGAAGUGUUGCUGGCACAGAUUAAUAACAUUUAAAAGCUAACAUCUAUUUGUGUAAUGUUAAUAAUGGCUGUGUGCUAAUGAUAGAAAAAUCUGUCUCUAGUAACUUAUUACAUCCUUUAUUGGUUGCAAUAACACAUGCAACGUUGCAAAUGUAAUUAUGACUUACUCUUUAAUGCAAAGAUGAUUCAGUACUCCUCAUAUAGAGUCUUUAGUUAACCUUGCUAGGGUGGUUGUCUUCAGAGAUUUAAAUUGUCAGUUAUUUCCACGAUGAGUUUAAGAGAUUGAAUGUUUGUAGCUAAUUAUAAAUAUAUAGAUAGUAUAUGUAUAGUGCCUUUGCAGGAUAAUAAAGGGUGUUCUGCAUCACAGAUUACAUUAAUAUAUACUACUACAGUGCACAGCAUUUGAAUUACAAUAUUAGAACCGGUUUGCAAGUGAAAAAUCACAUGUACAAUUAGGUAAAAAUUGUGAUAAAAGCAUCCUUAAAAAAGGUUAAAGUCUGUAGCGGAACAUGCCUUGUAAUAAACCAAUGACUAUUGUACAGAAUAAUGUGAAAGUAGGUUUAUCCCUUUGUCAGCCAAUGUUAUGUGGUAGAACAAAUGUACACGUGCAAAUGCAAAGUGCUUCAGAUUCAUUGCUGCUAUAAUGUUAAUAGCCACUUGACUGAAUAAGGCUGUCAAAUAAUAAAUGUUCUGUAGUAGUAGAGUUAGCUGGCUAACUCCUCACUAAUUUCCCUUGGAUUAAGACGUUAACAAAAGCAAUCAGCAGAUGGAUUUAGGCUUUUGGUUUGUAAUUAUAAAAUACACAUGGAAUGUGUCAAAACUAAUAUUAAGUAAUUACUUUAUAAUUUAUUAUUGCAGGAAUUGCUAUUCAUUUAAGAGUGGCAAAGCACCAACACAUAUUUAUUAAUGAACCCCAGCUGAAUCAGAUAUUGUAUCACAACUGUCUUAUAUUAAAAC